AUGGAGCACGACGACUACGAUGAGCAGGUCAGCGACGCUGAGUCGCUUGCUGACGACAUGAACAUCAAGACCGAGGGAACCUCGCCCGCUGCGAGUUUCGGCGCUGCAGGACAGAGUGCAUCCAGUGGCAAAACACCAGGCCACCUGCAAAAACGGCRACGAGUCACACGAGCGUGCGACGAAUGCAGGAGAAAAAAGAUCAAGUGUGACGGAAAGCAGCCGUGCACGCAUUGUACCGUUUACAGCUAUGAAUGUACUUACGACCAGCCCUCAAACCGACGGAGGAACCCCGCUCCGCAGUAUGUUGAGAAUUUGGAGCAUCGUGUACACCGCGCUGAGACGCUGCUGCACAUACUGAUCCCAAAUCUGGAUUUGAAUGACCCAGGCAUCGACCAAGCCGUCGCCCAGGGCUGGAUUCCUGGCGCUCCCGGCAAAGGCGAUCCUGGAGCGGYUCAAGAGAAUAGACCGCCUCGAUCAGCUCCUGCGCCAAGUGAUGACAAGAAAUCCGAUGCGCACCUGGAGUCCAUGGUUCGUGCCGUUGCCCAACUUGACAUGGACGAGCAGGGUCAUUGGGAUUACCAUGGCCAUUCGUCCGGACUGAGCUUCGUUCGAAGAAUGCGUGAACAGCUUGGAGACCUGAUGGGCCCCGAUGCUACCAUGACUGGACCAUUCGUCAAGGGGAAGCUGAUGGCGCCAGUCCURGACUCGCCAAGGUCCUUGGCGGAGUCACCCAUGGGCGAGUCAUCUUCCAUUGGAAGUACAGAGCUGCCGCCUCAGGAGAUGGCAAAACAGCUUUGCAUAUACGCGGUAAAUGACGCUGCAGCACUUUUGCGUACGGUUCAUCAACCUACCUUUUGGAAUGGCUUCGAGCGCCURUACAAUGUCCCAUCGGACCACUACACAAACGAGGACAACAGUUUUCUGCCUUUAUUCUACAGUGCAAUGGCAUUGGGAAGUCUCUUUGGAAGGGACGAUGACGGAAUCAUCAAUAGGGAAGGUUACGAAAGUGCUUUCCAGCAGGGAUUUGCCUAUUUCAAACAUGCCCGUCAACUCAUGGACAUUGCUGAUUGCAGAGACUUGACAUCGAUUCAGGCAGUCAUCUUUAUGAUUCYGUUCUUGCAAUCAACCGCCAAGAUGUCACAAUGCUACGCCUAUGUUGGUGUGGCUCUCCGAUCCGCUUUGAGAAUGGGAUUACACCGCGCAGCGACUGGCAAGUUUGAUCCCGUAGAAGCGGAGAGUAGAAAACGCGUAUUCUGGAUCGUACGCAAACUGGACGUUUAUGUCGGCGCAAUGCUUGGCCUUCCGCAGACGCUGAGCGACGAAGAUAUUGACCAGGAGUAUCCGCUCGAGGUCGACGAUGAGUACAUUACGAGAGAUGGUAUUCUUCCCAUGCCGCAAGGGGUUGUUUCGUUGAUGACCGCGUUCAAUGCGCAUACGCGGUUGGUGAUCAUUUUACAAAAGGUUAUGCGGAAAAUCUAUCCCAUCAACGUACAAAAUCCCCAGGGGCCAGAAGACAAGUCCUACUCGGUGCCUUUCUCUGCUAUACGGGAGAUUGAGAGUGAAAUGGAAGAGUGGAAGACAAGCCUGCCAUCAAUUCUUUCACCAUGCGAUGCGCCGGAGAGAUAUACGCGGAUUCAGCAGCUUCUCCGACUGUCGUAUGCCCACGCACAGGUUCUGCUGUACCGACCAUUCCUACAUUUCACCGCAAUGGAGAAGAGAUCCAAACACGUGGACCCAAGGGCGUAUGCCUGCGCUGCAUCCUUUGUGAACGUAUCGCGCAACAUUGUCCACAUUGCAUCCCAGAUGAAACAGAAAGGUCUUCUUAAUGGAGCGUUUUGGUUCAUCAUGUACACGACGUUUUUCUCCAUCCUUGCGCUUGUUUACUUCGCAGCUGAGAAUCCGGACAAUCCGACGACCCAGGCCGUCAUGAAAGAUGCUAUAGAAGGGAAAGAAGUUCUUGCCUCCCUGGCAUCACGAAGUAUGGCGGCAGAUCGCUGCACGGCGACGCUUGACAUUUUAUUUCAGAGACUCCCUGCGUGGAUGAGAGACGGCGAACAGAAUCCUACGAUCUCCAAGAAACGACCGUUUGACCAGAGUACCAAGCCUAGCCAAACGGAUCUCGCCCCCGUCGCGUCUCGGAGCCAUCCCGAUGUAUCCACGAUUAAUGAGGAACCACCUCAAAUGGGCAUAAAGCGAGCCAGCACGUUCCCCAAGCACGUAGACACUAAGCCCAAAGGCACUGCAGAAGCAUCACCCUUUGAUAGUCCCUGGUCUCAGUCAGCCUCAUCAUAUGGAGUUGAGACGCCAACAAGCGCACCCUUUGACACCACCACAUUCGCAGCGGCCAACCAAAGGAACGCGGGCCAGACCGCAGGUGGAAUGUCACUCUACUCGACAUCGCAAGGUCUCGGUAACCCGGAACUAACUGACUUGUCCUCAAUGAUGUUUCCAUCCGGAGAAGAGCCGUUUGGAUACCCCAAUCAACCUUUGACUACGUUCGAGAACAAUCAACAGUUUGGUAAAAACAGCAUAUACCCCAGCAGCCAAGUCUACAACAGUAUUGGUAACAAUAGCCCCAUGUCAUCUUCUCGAGGCCGAGAUGAGAACAUUGAGGCUCAAUUCUACCCUCUCCCUCCUUAUAUCGAACAGCGUCAACAACAGCCCAUGCCAAUGCAGUCGCAGAGACUCAUGGGAUCCACGCCGUCCAUGGGUUUCGGUACUCCACAGGCACAAUCUGGAAUGGCCGCCAACGCUAUGCAGAUUGCGAACGGCGGGUGGGCUGGGCAGCAGCCAUUUCAGCAAGAUAUGAGUGAUAUCAAUAUCAAUGGACUCUUUGGCGGUGGAGAAUGGUUGCCUCCAGGCUAUCCCAGUUACCAGGGAUGA